AUGAUCUCCGGAAUCGCCCAUAUCAACCUCACCAUCCCGCAAGAUACAUUAGAACAAGCCGAGGAGUUCUACGGGACCACCCUCGGCCUCACCUCAGCACCGGUACCGGAACUCCAGAAGGGGACGAUCUUAUGGUUCGACAUUGGUUCUAGUGGACAGCAAGUGCAUAUUACUUUCGGCGCAACGGAUCCCCAAUCUAGCCGACACCCAUGCUUCAAGCUGUCUUCCCGUGAGGAACUAGAGGAGAUUAAAGCAAGUAUCUAUAACCAUCAUCUAAGGGGUGGUCCUGCGGCUCCAAUGGCUGCUGAUAAGCCUGGCGAGACUAACUCUGGGACUCAAGGGAAAGAGUAUCCCACUCGGUUCUUCGCUCGGGAUUAUGGUGGGAACUUGCUUGAGUUUACUAUGUAA